CCUAAGCAACAAGGCGCUUGUCUCUGUAUCUUUUGUUUUGUGUUCCCGGGGGAGCUGCUGUGAGACUGUCUUACCGAACACGAUCAGGACAGCUGGGACUCGAACUAAACACUAAUGUCAUGUUUCCUGUCACAUGCAGAUGGAUUCUGAUGUGGAGGCGAGCAGUGAAAUAGAUGAAAUCCUCCAGCAGGUCGCGGAAUUGGAUAAAUGGAGAGAGAUAUUUAACUCCCGCGGGUCGGAAUUACCACAGGGCUAUCUUAAAAGACCUAGUGAGAAGAUCAAAUCUGAAGAGGACAGUGAGGACUCUUCUAGGCCGGCCACCUCGGCUCAUCACGUCAGCGCACAGAACGAGCAGUUUACAGCACCCUACUCCAUUCCUCAAACCCUCACAGUGUCUCUGAGUCUGGGUGGGCAACCGCUGUCACCAGAGCUGGCGGUGAGUCUAAGAAAUAUUUUGUUUGGAAACACCUUCCAUGUAUUCAACUAUGAGUGGAAGAAAUCAUUUUUCAAGUUUCGGGAGCCUUUCUCUGAAAUGGCAUAUGCUCUGGAGACUGAGAGGCUGGGAGGAGCGUGUGCUAUUCAGAUGGUGGUUCAGGCUCAUAUUAUUAAAUAUUUGCUCUUCGACCAGUCAGUAAACUCAUGCACAAUGCGAAGUAUGGUGACGGUAGGGGAGAACGAGCAGAGGAAGGCCCUGGCAGCCGCUCUGUCUGACAUCUUGUGGACAGCUGGUGAGGAGCAGACCGCUACCGUCUGCUUGGUCACGUCAGAGCGCUGUUUUACCCCCCACAUGGACUACAAACUGGACAACUUCACAGAGAGGUUGCAGAUUUUCACCUUUAAAGAGAAAGAAGAUGUUAGAUCAUUUAUAUGGGAGCACAUCCAAUGUUUUAAGGAAGAAGGAAGCCAUGGCAUCAUACUUUUUCUGUACAGUCUUAUCUUCUCCAGGACUAUUGACAAGAUUCGGGCAGACUUUGAUUGUACCACCACUCAUCUUUUGCAUUUGAGCUUGGGGAACUUUGUUUGUCGACAGGCUUUAUUAAACUUGUUGCUGACCGGCCACGCGACUCCUCAAGUCUUCAAUGGUACAUCACCGAACGAUGAGCAACACAAAGCUCUCCACGGGGUUCUGACACGCAGUCAUGUCGGAUAUCUGCUCUGGAACAGAGAACAAUUCAACCAUGCACAGCUCCCCCUGGUGGGCAGCAUGCUGAAAACCCCCAGGCUGCCCAUCUGGGUGUGCAACAUCAAUGGCACCUACAGUGUUUUAUUCAGCCCAAACCGUUCGCUGCUCUCAGACUGGAAAAUGGAGCAUCUUUUCCAGCUUUACUUCUACAAUGGCUAUCCAACUCAGCUCAGCACAACAAUGCUCACCAUAGAUACACACUCCCAUCACUGGGAGGCUGAACAUAAUGAUAUUCAAGAAGACCCUGAAAAAAAGUUUCCAUCUGUAGAGAUGACCAUUAGGACCAAGUGGGAGGGAGCAGUUAUUGACUGGAAUGGGACAGUGCCUUUUUUCUGAAGAGAUUUGAAGCAGGGUCACCUGAUUUGUAGCAUACAUCUCCUGGCCUGAAAUAAGAGUAUUUUAUAGACUAACGUACUGUAGGUUAAAAUUUGGGCUUACUUUUGACUUUCAGUUUGGCUUGCGAAUCUUAAUAACACGAUUACCCUUCACAACCUGUCCAUUUGAACAUCUCAGAAUCUGAGCAUUUAAUACAUGAAAACCUUAAAUAUGUAAAACAUGUCUUUUGUAAAACAACGUCUUUUGUUUGUUAAAAAUAGAUUCAAAUCUGGUACACAUGUCCCUUUCCGGGCCUAUAUUAGCCCCCAUACUGUUUUUGUCCUUCUAUUUGUAUCUGACAUGGGUUCAGAUUGCUAGUAUCAAGUCUCAAGUCAUGACAGAAAAGGCUGAUAUCUAUGUAAUAUAUUUUUGAUUGUUUAUAGAUUGAACUCCUGACUGUGACAUUUGGUUUACUUGUAAGAAUGGGCAAACAAAUAACAGUAAAGUUAUAUUUUAAAAAUAAAAAAUCAUGUAAAUUCAGUGAGUUAUGGACUACAGGGUGAUUGACAGAAAGUACUGAAGAUCUGCAUUAUAAGGAGCUUUACUUGUAGAAAUAUUUUAACUGUUCAGGACUCUAACAGGUGUUCAGUAUAGAAAUGAUAGAUUACUGCUGAAUAUCAGAUUUUCUGAAUUUGGUAAAAACAACAGAGGACUUAAGACAAAGCCUUGUGGCAUAUCACUUCAAUAUGCAAGGUUCUUAUUUGAUGUAGUUU